CUUCGCUUUACACAAAGAACAAGGAAAUAUAAUGGCUGAUAGUGUUGCAAGCAGUGACGAUUCCUUUUAUCAUUUCACACCUGCAGAUGAAUUCUCUUUGCAGAUAGCGCAUAUCUUCAAGAUUAUCGAUCGACAUUGGAAGAAGUUGAUGUCAAUUUCUAUGAACCAUGUCAGAGUUCGAAGGCCAAGUGAUGAAGAUGAUCAUUCAAGACAAGAAGAGGAGAUUAAGAGAGCUUUCUAUGAGCGUGAAAAAAUCAUGCUACAGUGCAUGGAGGUACUGCUCCAGGCUGUUCGCGAAGGCACUGGUUUCCUUGCGUUUCUCUCCGUUUUGGUGUUGCAUCUUAAGGCUGAUAAUCCUGUAUCCUUGGCCUUUAUGCAUCAUGUCUUUGAGAAAGCCUCUUUGCCUGCUCUUGACACAAUGGACCAUGCUUCCGAAAUGAUCAUUGGUAAGCUGAACAAGAGGCCAGGCAGACUCCAGCGUAUGAUUUCUCUCUUAUGUGGCCGCUAUCGUGAAGCUGCCAAGAAAGAGCUUGUCCGCAAACAGCUCAUAAACCAUUGGGUUAUCGACAAUUUUAUGCGCCCUAUCGUGGACCCCAUGGCUGUCAAGACAAGACAGAAUGCUGCUAUUGUAUGGGCUUUGCUUGCCAAAAAGUAUGCAGGCGAAAUGGCUUGUCAUAUCUGGACAGAAGAGGUUGGCGACAUUUUGAUCAAAUCAUUGGCUAAUCCUCAAGAAGAUGUCUUGGUUCGUUUGUUUUGCUUGGUAGCUCUCGAAAGGUUUGCAUUAACAGCUUACUGCAAGGAUCGCAUCUAUCAUCAUGACCUGAACAUUCAUCAACUAUUGCUGGCAAUCGUUGCUGAAUGUAGUGAUGUCCUUCAGCGUAUCCACUUGCUCAAUACUGGAAAAGAUCAAGCUCCAACUCAGUUGAAUGUUCCUCUCACUGGCCCUUUGAGAGAUGAAUGGGCAAAAUACAUUCAACUCAAGUCCUGUUGCCAAUGGGCAGUAGAUCAUACUUUUGGUGACCCUCAAGUGGUAAACCAUUCUUGGGACCUCAGUCGUUUAAGAUUGAUCAUGAAUCCUUAUGAUGCUACUUCUGGCUUAAAGAUAACUGAUAGUGGUUUAAUGUUGCGUAACGAUCUGAAUCAUUUUGAAUCUGUCCGGGGAACUUCAUGCGUCAGAAAAGGCAAAUGGUACUAUGAAGUGGUCAUACUUACUAAUGGAAUCAUCCAAAUCGGAUGGGCUUCUCAUAAUAGCAAGUUUUCUCCGGACGAAGGCCAUGCAGUAGGCGAUGACAUUAACAGUUUCGCUUUUGAUACAUUCCGUUCUGCCGUCUGGGUUGCUGGUAAAUGUCUCUAUCCUGUUAGCAUACUGGAUACUAGGUGCGCUAUUGGUGAUGUGGUCGGUUCUCUUUUGGAUCUUGACAAUGGUCGCUGUACUUAUUACGUCAAUGGCAAACUGAUGCAGAUGACUGUCGAGUUCAGAUGCAUCCCAGGAAUCAACGAACAUCAUUUUGGUCCUAAUGGAUUUGGCCUCUUCCCCGCCAUCAGCGUUCAUGGGCACCAACAAGUACGGGUAAAUUUUGGUGAUGAACCUUGGAUUUAUAAACCGCAUGUUAAUUAUCCUUACUGGGGCAUUAGCCAAGCUGGUGUAUUGGAUCCUGCCUUUAGAAAGAAAGUCAAAUAUUGGGUGUAUAAAAGAGGCAAGACCAGAUUCAGUAAUGCCUAUUGUCCUUCAGGCGGCCCUGUAUUGCGUCCUCCUUCUAUUGUCAAUGUUGCUCCUAGUAAUCGAACUCCUCCUCCUUUUAGUGACUCUUCAAAUGUAGACGAUGAUAAUUUCGAUGAUAUUCAGUCACCCCAAUCGAAUAAUGGAGAUGAUGACGAUCUUUGCACUAUUUGCUAUGCAGAACCAGCCAAUGUUCGCUUGCUUCCUUGCAAGCAUCAAGAAAUCGGUGUCAGUUGCGCCGCUAUGAUCAAGAAAUGUCACUUGUGUCGCCAUAAGAUUACAGGGCGAUGCAUUCUUAAAACCAUUUAAAUAAUAACCAAAUAAACUACAAUCUUACUACCAUUGAUAAAUAAU